AAUUCGAUACUAAGGUUAAGCUAUGUACAACAACAACAACAACACUCAACAACAACAACAAUGGCAGAAUUGCCGGAUCUUGGAAAACAUUGUAAUUUUGAACAUUGCAAGCAAUUAGAUUUUUUACCAUUUGGUUGUGAUGGCUGCGGUAAUACAUUCUGCUCAGAACAUAGAACAAAAGAUGCCCAUUCCUGUUCAAAGGAUAUGUUGACAUCAGCGGGCUGUGAAUAUACUGGAGCUAGAGGAUAUACAUGUAGUCUAACAGGAUGUAGUAAUAGAGAACUUACAGAGAUUUUCUGUGAUAAAUGUCAACAAGUAUUUUGUUUGAGUCACAGACAUGCACAAGACCAUGAUUGUAGUAAAUUAAAGGAAGAAUUAGUGAACACUGGUUCUAAAACUGCUGAACAUGUCAAUCAAAUCAUAGCUUCAAAAUCAGUGGUUGUUAAGAAAUCUCGAGUGAGUGCAAAAUCAAGUAAGACAGCAGCUAAAGUUGCUUUAAUGAAAAUGAAAAUGCAUGCUAAAGGAGAUAGUGGAUGUCCGGAGACGGAGAGAGUGUAUUUACGAGUGUAUCCACCUAGUCAAUACAACAAGGAACCACAGCCUAUGUUCUUCUCUAAGACAUGGAGUAUAGGAAGAACUGUGGACAGUAUAGCAUCAAGACUGGGUAUUCAAAAUAACAACAAUGUACAAACAGCAAAGAAACUACGAUUAUUCAGCACUGAUGAUGGAACUGUUCUACAAACAGAUUGUCAUAUAGAGAUGUUAUUAAAGCAGGAACUGAUAUUUAAUGGAUCAUCUGUGAUACUAGAAUAUGUUCACAAUAAUACUGAGAUAUUAGACCACUUAUCCGUCUAUAAAAUAUCAUGAUGAUUGUUAACAUAACACUGCUAAUGUUAUAAAUUUUACAACCAUUAUACUUCUGAAUUUAAACUGCUAAAUUUGUGUAAUUUUACAAUCUUUAAACUGCUAAAUUUGUGUAAAAUUACAACCUUUAAACUGCUAAAUUUGUGCAAUCUUACAACCUUUAAACUGCUAAAUUUGUGUAAUCUUACAACCUUUAAACUGCUGAAUUUGUGUAAUCUUACAACCUUUAAACUGCUAAAUUUGUGUAAUCUUACAACAUUUAAACUACUAAAUUUGUGUAAUCUUACAACAUUUAAACUACUAAAUUUGUGUUAUCUUACAACAUUUAAACUUCUAAAUUUGUGCAAUCUUACAAUCUUUAAAUUGCUAAAUUUGUGUAAAAUUACUACCUUUAAACUGCUAAAUUUGUGUAAUCUUACAACCUUUAAACUGCUAAAUUUGUGUAAUCUUACAACCUUUAAACAGCUAAAUUUGUGCAAUCUUACUUCAUGGAUGUGCAGGCUGGACUGGCUGUAUACUGGUGGCAAAGGUUUAUCACCUGGUUCUAGCAGGUCAGGGGAAUUUAUCAUUUAUAGUUGGAUAUCUUAAGAUGAUAUAUGAUGCAAACAUGUAAUGUUGUUUUAUGUUUAUUGAUAUUGAGUAAUUUUUGUAUCAAACCAAAGUUGCAAAAUAAAAGAUGAUAAACAUUAAAAAAAUUA